UAUUCGCUGAGGCACGCGUGCUGUUAAGUACUGCCGCUAGGUGCCCGCCAUCAUGUGACGUCACUAUUAGCAUAAAGGAUUCGGAUAACAUGUGGAACCGAAAUAACCAGAGGAAGGCAGUAAGAUCUGUUUGUUUCGCAGCAGAAGUAUGGAUACAGUGUGCUUACGUUCCCUAAUGUACCGGAACUAUUAAAAACGACCACUUGAAGGACACUGUCUUCCUCUGGGGUUUUGGGCUGUGGAGUUGAGUCGUAUUUGUUCCUAUCUUAGCAAAAGUCCAACAGAACACCAGGUUUUUCAGAUGCAAUCAGAUCACUUAGGUAUAUAUACUCACAAUGUGACCAUCCAGCUGGUUCCGUGGAUAGAAAAGUUGAUUUCUGUUAUGGUGCUAGGACAGAUCAUUGAACAUUUGAUGGAACAUGUAGUGAAUAUAAUGAAAGGAGGCACAUUUAGGAAGGAAUAGAAUUGACAGUAGAAGGCACAAACGUUUGACAUGAAGGCAAACAGUAACUUUCGUGACCAGGUGGGGCAGGUGACAAGUUGGUUCAAGGAAUGGAGUGAGUGUGAGCAGACAGUAGCUCUGUACUCUUUGCUUAAAAAGCUGUCACCAGCUCAAGCCAAGUUUCUAGACCAAGUCCUUCAGCAAAGUUUGGCAGACUGUACUGAUGUCAUGCAACUGCAGAAGAAAGCCAAUGAUGAAGUUUUUGUAGCUGGACUCUGUGGGGAGGACAAAGGCAAAGUCAUUCUACAGUUACUGCAGUUACUGCCAUUGCUACAGGCUGGCAAUGAGAAAGCUAAAGCAGAGUAUUUGAAGCUUAUACCUGAGGUGUUAUCUCACACUAUUGAGAAUGGUGUGAAUAUUGAGGAAAGUAGACAACUUUUGUCCUAUUCACUCAUUCAUCCUGCCAUUACGCAAGAAGAGCGCUCCAAGUUUCGCAUGUGGCUGGGAUAUCUUGAAGAGCGCUUUACCUACUCCAUUUCUCACACACGCCCCUCUGCCACUGCACCUGAGGGACUUGCCCCUGCAGUGGCACCCAUUUCUGCCUCCCAGGAGGGGCUAAACAAUCUGCAAGGUGCUGGAGGCCCUAGCCCUCCCUAUGGGAAAUGGUUGGCAUGGACAGGGUCAUGCUGCCCAUUAUGGGAUGGAUGGUGGAGGUGUGUCAGGAAGUGGUUCAGGAGAUGGUGGAACAGUAGGGUCAGGUCUCCUAUCAAUGGCCAUUAUGGCCUUCGGGCUACAAACAGUCAUGCUGGUGUGUUUAGUGUGCCUAAUGGACAUCAUCUGCCUCUUCAAGCAACCUCUUCAGCACCACCCAACUUUGAAACACUGUCUACAUCAGUUUCACAGGGUAUCAGCAGUCAACCAAACAUGCACACGCGUUUGCACCGCACCACAUCAAUUGUUCACAGCACGCCUCUACCACUGAGGGUUCAGAACCCAGAAAAGACAGUUACUGAUUGGCUGCAGAUGCACUCAUCUGUGACUGGAGGACCUGGUGGUUUAGCAAUAGGAAGGGGGCGAUCGCCAUCUUUUACAGAGCAUGCUCCACUGUCACCACAGAGCAGUGUGACUUCUUCAGGGAGUGGAGGCAGUGAUUCACACCAUGAUGAUGGGCCCCAGCCUGUAAGGGACAGUUUUCUGGAAGAAGGCAGUGGUAUGCGAGAGGUGCCAGUAUGGCUGAAGACACUGCGACUUCACAAGUACUCAUAUUUGUUCCGACAAAUGACUUAUGAGGAGAUGCUUGACAUCACAGAGGAGUGGCUGGAAGCGCAGAAAGUUACAAAGGGUGCAAGACAUAAGAUUGUUAUCAGUAUUCAAAAGCUUCGGGAGCGACAGCAGGUACUUCGUGACUUCGAAAAGAGCAUCAUGGAAGGUGGAUCUAUCAAGGAGGUUCUUGGUGAGAUGAAAAACAUGCUGAAUACUCCAAUCAAGGCCUAUAACAUGGCCCAUUCAGGGGCUGCAUCUACUACACCUGGCACUUCUCCAUUCUCACCACCGCCAUCACCUGACUCAGAAAUUGUUGAAGGCAACUUACCUGGACAAUUCUGUAGACUUAUGGGGAAAGUGUGCACCCAGCUCCUGACAGCAAGCAUUCCAGAUGAUGAGAGCAUACAGCUUUAUUUUCAGCUCAUCGAUAAAUGUCUCAAUCAUGAGGCCUUUUCGCAACGACAGAAAUCCCUUCUGUCUUCUUGGAAACAGCAAGCUCAGAAAAUCUGGCAGCCACCUUCUCACAAGUUUGAUAGGAGGCAGAAGGGGUGGGGCAAUACAUUUCCUAUGGGCAAUGCAGUAACAAUACGUGGGGGAGGCUCUCGUUCCCGUCUCACACCAGGUCAAACAGGAGUUCAGCAGUGGAGUUUUGGUUCCAAGCGCUCAGUUCUAGGAUCUGCAGCUGUCCACACACCACUGCAACGCAAUAGUUCUCUAAACACAUCAAUUUUGAAUAAGCCAGGGCUUUUAGAGGUGAGACGACUUCCAGUAACAAGAACCCAGUCUGCACCAUUGCGAUCAUCUCAUCUUACUCUGACCAUGCAAAGUACCGGCACAGAGCCAGCCACAGACACAGAAAUAAAUGCCAGCCUUGAUUCUUUAUGCUUAAGGAUGACUGAGCAUGCUAUUGGCAGCCUUGAUGGCAGCGACAAAGGAUCAACAUUCUGAUUUCCAUGCUGAUUCCAUGUGUUUCUUGGCUCCAUAAUCAGGUCUUGAUGGAAGAUUUGAUUAUAGCGAGCACCUUACAGAAUACCACACAUUUACAUAUUCCACUCUAUGUUUUGCUUUUUCUGAUUCUGACAUGCUUUGCAUUUUCGCAAAAUCUGAAAGGCUAGAGAAUGUGUCUUGAAGGUUUCUUUUAUACAUGCUGUGUCCACAAAACCAGCCGACAGUAUUUUGGGAUCAAAUAUUUGAGUCCAUCUUCUCAACAUUUAUUUAGCAUUGUUAUGUGCUGUUGAAAGGUAAUUCUUUUUUACAUAUUUAAAUAGACAUUGUCUUCAAACUAGAUUAUGGAAUCAAAACAGUUUUACAGAAAGUAGUCAGCCAUAAAAUCCCACUAAAGCGAGAAACAUUGUGGGAUAAAAAAUUGUUGUUUUCUUGGAUUAAAAAAAAACGUACAAGAGCAACUCUUAUAUUUUAGCUGAGAAAAAAUUAAAGGGUUUUCACUUAAAUUUUUUUUAAAGAUUUUGUUACUAAAAAGUUCAAUGAUGAUCUCAAACUCAGAUGUUUUCCUCUGUUUGCUGAAAAACAAAUUAAGAAAAUGUUCAAAACUUAGUGAAAAAUAAUAUCUGAAAAGUCAGGUAUUGAUUAAGAAAUAAAGUACACCCUUUCCUCAAUUUACAAACUUAUUCAUUUCUAAAUAUUUGUUAAUCUUACCCCAGUGACCCUAAAAAGUGAACCUUUUUACAAAAGAGGUGUUAAACUGUCAAUCCAUUUGCACCAUGUGAACAGCCUAAAACACCAAUUUCAGAAGCUGCCUGCAGGAAUAUACACAUUUUUUACUGCCACAUUGUUUACUGCAUAGAGACAUUCAUUGAGCGGCCUUCGUGCUUAUCUUCAUUUGUUUAAAAAAAAGCAUUAAAAGGGACUUAACUACAGUUAAACUUACAGUUAAUAGUUUCUUAACAAAAAAUUAUAUAUUAUGAUUUGUUAAUGUGUUAAUUUGGCUGUAGAUAUGUAUUUUUUACGUUCACAUCCUCAUGCUGAAAAUUGUAGAAAAUUUUUUUUUUGACUGACAGUGAAUGAACAGGAUGUAUGUCCUCUCAUUUCUUUCAAGAUGUUUUAUUACUUCCAUUGUUUCUUUCAGUUUUGUAAACACAUUCAAUUUUGCUCCAAUUCAGAAAGAUUUGCAUUCUACUUUCAUUUGCACCCUUAUAUUUUAAUUUUAUGCACAGUUGUUGCUAAAGUGCAGAGGAUGUACUUUCCCACCUUUCUUUGAAGAUUUAUUAUUUCUAUCUUAUCUUCCAAACAGUCGCUUGGUUGUACUCUUUAUAGUUAUCUUUUCUACUUUUUUGUAAACUCCCUCAUUAUGGAUUAUGAGCACAUUAUGGCAUGACAUCUUUAGCAGAAAUGAACAAAGCUGGCUUCAUGCUAGUGGUGGCUGUUCAUAGGCGCGUACUAUAAAAUUUCUGACAUGCUUGUAUUUCAAUGUGGAGUGGCAUAGAAUGUGGUUUGCUACAGCAAAUCACUGGCUCAUCAAUUGGAUUUAGGUAUUAAUAGUUAAGGAACGAAACAACUUUUUGUGAGAGUUGCUUAUGUCUGCCAUAAAUUGUCAGAACCCACAAAAGAAAUAUUUGUGAAACACCCAGAUUACAGUUGCUGAGGCAGGAAACAGUUUUUUCUUUUAAAUGGGGGCUGCUUAUAUAUACCAGCAGGAAAGUUUAUGUGCUUAUUGAUAACCUAUUAAAAAAUUGUAUGAGUGAAAGAUUUGAGAGUGCUUAAAAUGAAUUAACCAUGGGAAUAUCAAUGGACACAGUAGAAAUGUGAUCAAGAAUGCAACAGUAGUCAGAACUUUUUUUUAUCCUUGGUUGUCUAAACAUUGAGUGAUCUGGUGGUCAAGAAAUAAUGGUCAUGUGGUCAUCGUAGAUUUGUGCACAGACAAAUGUUAUUGAGUUGCAGAGAGGGGAAAAUGUGAACAGAUCUAUGCUACUUCUGUGAAGUAGCAAACUAUAUAUUUUUAAAAUUCUUGAUGGGAGGAAGGGGGUUGUACAUUUUUAAUAUAAUGUCCUUUGAUGCGGAAGUGUUCUAACAUUUAUUUGAGGACUGGUACCAAGGUUUUAAUUUUGGAUGCAUCGAUUUAGGUCUGAUUGUUGUUUUUAAAUUAAUAGAAAGUGUUGUUAGUUAAAGUUCUCACGUUGAUUGUGCUUUUUUAAAAUUAUUAGAAAAAUCAUUUAUUAAACACUGAUAGUUCUGUGCUUUACUUUAAUGUUGAUCCUUUACCAUCUGUACAGUUUUUCCUGUAGUUUGAAGUAGUAUACAGACCUCUUAGUUUCUCUUUUUGCUGAAGAACAGCUACAAGAGAGUUGAUAUUGUGAGGUCUUUUGCACUCUGUCCUCUUCUUAAAGGUCUUCCUGAGUUCAGUAGUUCUGAUAGCUUAGUAUGACAGAUUUUCUAAAAUCUGAGUGAACAUCCUGCCUCCAUUCUGAAGUUGACAAACACCACCAUACACAAAAGACAUCAGUAACAGUCAAGGUUACAGCCAAUGGGAUAAUUGGGACCAUAUAUUAAUUAGACAUAUCUCUUUUUCUCCAUAGCAAUAUUUGUAGGCAAAAGAACUUAGAUUUUGGGAAACAGUAUUUUGUGCUGAGCUCAACCUAGUGAUUUGCAGCUUUAGACGUUUGUAUACCUUUAACAGUAAAUACAUUUUCCCCAAGCUUCUGCCUGCUUGCUUAAGUGCAGCAUGGAAUGGAGAUUUCGUUUUCAGUCCAUUUAACUUUGUCCUGCUCUUUGAAGAUUGUAGUUCCACCACAGAAAGAGACCAGCAAAUUCUUUCAGACUUCAGCUUGGUUAUCUCCAGAACAGGUCAGUCAUGUAAUGUGAUUGGCUCAAAUUUUUAAAGCAAAAUAUUUUGUUAAUUUCCUUGAUUUAUAAUGUCAUGACUCUUUUGGUUGAUGUCUCAUACAAUACCUUCAGUUAAGAAUUAAUGAAAGGGUACCUUCAGUUAAGAAAUGAGGAAAGGGGUAUCAGAGGAUGAAAAGUAAAGUGUAAAUAAACCACAAGCAAUCAUAUGAAAGCAUCUUAGGACUCGUAGAGCUUAUAUGUGCCUAGAAUAGCUGGAUAUCUGUAAAUGAAAACAUCUAACGCCAACUAAUGUGUGCCUGUGUCUGCACAUUUUGUAAGGAUUCUGCAGAAUGGAGUGACAUGCUUAAUUAACAUAGGCUAUCAUAAAAUCAUAAUCUUGCUAACUUGUAUGUUUAGUAAACAAUUUUUUUAUUAUGACUGUUAUUUUAAGUCAACAUGACAGAGUGACAGUGAAUAACUUUUGACAGUGGUUGCAUGUAAGGGUAUGCAGGACAGGAAAAAGAGAUUUUAAUUUUAAAUUAUUUAAGAAGUAAAACUUUUUUUAUUUAAAAAAUGAGAUUAAAAACUUUUAAUCUCAAGCAUGACUUUUCCCCCAAAAUAGCUGAACAUUUGUAGAAAUUCUUCCUCCAGGUAAUUCUAAGCAGUUGUCACUGUCAUUGUAGUCCAUUUUGCUGGCCUGAUUGGUUUGACAAAAUUCAUUCUGCCUGAUUUAAAUUUUUUCACUGCAUUUUUUUAAAAUUAAAAUGGAUGUGCUUAUAGGGCAUUUUCUUGACAACACAUGUGUAUUUAUGCUUACACAUGCAUAUAUGCAUGCAUGUGCACACAUAUAGUAAUGGUCAUCAGGUGAAUGACAAAAUUCAGUGUGUGAAUUUUGAAAGCAAAUUAAAUGCCUUACGAAAGGAAGGAAAAUAUUUUUAUGUGUUUUUUUUAAAUAAAAAUCUCACUGGGAUGAAGCAGGCUUGUGAUAGAGAUGGAAAUGGUGUGCAUUAGUCUAAAUGUCUGAGUUUUUGUUUGUUUUUUUUUUUAAUUGGUACCCUUGUGCUCCAUCAACUUGAAUUUUCCUGUUGCAGUUAUUUGAUAUCUGCACCAGAAGUAAGAGGGGGAUAGGGUGUAACACAGUAAGAGACUCUCGGGAACCUUUACAUGAUGAAAAGAUGUGUAGUGCAGGUGAAUGCGUCUGCAAUAUUCAGCAUUCAUUUCUCUGUGAACCUUGCUGUUUUGCAUAACUGUUUGGUGCCUUAUGGAAAUCGUAGAUGUUUUUGACAUGAAUCAGUUGUUUGUAUUUUGGUAUGUUUUUCAAUGUCAAACCAGAAUGAUUAAUGUCUAUUUUCAUACCCACUUCAUGUCAAAAAAUGGUGAUUCACAUGUGAAUGAACUGCACUAACCAGUUCUCAAAGCUUUUUUAUCUCUGUAUAAAGAAAGGAAAACUUUUUGUUUGCAAAACAUGUUGGAAAAUGUUUUACUGUUUGCCAUUUGCUGCAGAAUGAUUACAGAAAGUUGCAAAUUGUUUGUACUUGUUUCCACAGUGGUUAUUAUUUGGGGUGUUUGUGUUCAUAGUGGCUGUUCUGUCAUGGCUUUAUCUGCAUCUGAUCUCAGAAUCAUUAUGCAAAUUUGUAUGUUUGGAUUGCCAUCACCUGCCAAUUGUUCAUGCUAGAUACUUUAGAAAAAGCAACCAGUUGGUAACUUAUGAAUCCAAAACAAACAAAAUCUUUCUUAGUAUCUUAAUAGAGUAAAAUCUUAUGAACCUUUGCCAAAAUGUGCCUUUGAUAGUUCAGAAGUUGAUAUAAAGUAAAACUGUAUUAACAAAAAAGUUAUUCUUUAUGCCUUUUGUUUUAGAAAGAUGUCUGAAAAUUUGAAGAAUUUCACAUGGGAAAAAUCAAUUCCCCACUGUUGUCAACUGGAUUUAAGUAAUCUCAUUUACAAGAUUAUGAUUAAAACAUGAUACUUAAAAUAAUUGUUUUUGAAUAUUCUGAAUAUGCCUUGUGUAGCAUUUAAACCUCCCUAGAUGGACACAUAUGUUUGAUAGCCAGCAAAGCAUAAAUAUUUGGUAAAGAUAAUACCUUUAACAUGCAUACACUUAGUUCAACCUCAAAGCAGUGCAAAUUUUGAUCCUGUAUAUAUUUGAAUAUUACAGGCAAUCAGUAUCAGUGAUGUUAUUUUGAAUGAAUGGAGAGCAGAAUUGUCAGUCUAUGGCAUGAAGCUAUUUUAAUACCCAUAGUUCAGUUUUCAUUUUUACAGAAUUUCCUUUAUUGCAAGUAAAUUCCUAAGGUUUAACCUUGUCUCAAGACAUUUACAGUAUGUUAAACACAUUUUUCCCUUUAUAUAUCCUAUGGUAUAUGCAUGUAAGAAAAGUCGAAUGUUUUUAAAGGACACAGAACUGUGUCUCAUUUUAAGAAAGUUUUGAGCUCAUUUUGGCAAAGGUUUCUAUAGAUUUAUCUGCUCUUAACUGCCACAACAAACAAAUUAUAUCCAUUGCAUUGCAGUAAGAUAUCUUUUUGUAACUGAUAUUUUUCUGUUCACUAUGCACUGUAUUUCAAGAAAAUCAGCACUGCAGGUUCAGUGCUAAGUUUUGCCAACUAAGAACAUUUUCAUGUCAAACAAUACAAUGUAUUACAGGAUUUGCUGUGAUUAUGCAAAUUUCUGAGUGGUUAGUCUGAAAAUAGAUUCUUCAUAUAAGGAUUUGACAUCUUAGUCCUACAAGUGUAACAUUGAAACAUUUAGGGCAAAUCAUGACAUAAGAAAUCUAAAUUUACAAGAUUUCCUAGAGUAUCAACGUAUGCCUCAUCACUUUUUGAGUUAUUUUUAAAGUAUUUGUUCAGAAUUCAUCUCAGUGGUGUAUUUUCAUGGAAGUAGGAUUGGGAAGAUUUUCUUGUAAUGAUUGUGGUUAUUUAAUUAGUCCUUUCAACAACUGUUAUAUAACUAGUAACUAUAUAACUUAAUAAUUCCAUUUCUGUUGACGAUGAAACAGAUAAACAGAUCCAUAGAACACCAAAUUCAUUGAAAGAAUCCCUGAUGCAAAAUUGAAGGAUAGAAUGUUCAUUCUUGAUGAAUGGAAUUUUCCUAUGCCCUUAUUUCAAGUAGACUUUUUUUUUUUGCAAUAUUUAUAAAAUCACAGUAGAUGUUAAUAGGUGCCUUUGCUGCUGAUGUCCGUUACUAAUGUUCAGGUGUUGUUUAAAAGAUUACAGAAGUUACAAUUACACUACAUGGCUAGCCUGCAACAAAAGCAGCAUGUGAGCAGGACUAUUUUGUUGUUUAAAACUGUUGUCAAAUUUUAAGAAUCUCUGGUUGUGCUAUUGUUUUCUGUCACACAGUCAAGCACCCGUGGUGUUAUUUCAUUUUUGUUUUUUGCUUUAUUGGGGUUAUUACACACUUUGUCCAUCUAAAAUUGGGGUGUGCCUAUUGCCUCCUCUCUGUGCAGCUGUAGAAGUAGGGAACUUGGAAUGAAUGAUGUCACUCUUUCAGUGGAAGAAGUUACAUCUAGAGUAUGUUGACUGCUAUUUUACCUAGUGUCAAAAUGCUUUGUAGCUAGUUUUUAAUUAGGUCACAAGCAUUCAAUCUUCUGUGACAGUUCUCAAAAACAAGUGAUGCUCCUUAAAUAAACCAUGCGUCAACUUCAGUCUUUACCAAAAUAUAAGAGCUACAGUAUCAACAGAAUUUCAAACAAGUGUUUUUAAAGGAGUAUAAUGCAUAAACAUCAUCCAGAAUAUUCCAUACUUUUUAAAACUAAAGUGACACUACAAAUCCCCAGCUUAUAGAAAAAAAUAUCUUUGUGGAAUUGUGUAGGAGAAAAUAUUCCACGAAAAUAGACAAAAACAUGAAAUCUUUCUUUUUGAAAAUAUCUGCAAAGCAGUUUCAUUGAAUAUUCAUAUUUGUUUUGAUUAUUUAAAGUUGGAGCAGUUCAUAUGCUCUGGUGCAACAGUAAUUAUUCUGGAUAAGUUACACGAAAGAGGACUGAAAGUAGCAUUAGAGCCUAAGAGUUUAAUCCAAUAAUUUAAAAUGUUUUUAGUCAUAUCAAUGAGGCCCUGGCCUGGUCUCUCAUUUAAAAUUCAAAUAUGACAGAUUUUAAAGUAUAACAAAAUUUCAACAUUGCUUGUAUGAUGCUUUAAAUCAAGUACAUAUGAGGAGAAUGUUGAAUAAGUAACUGUUUUCUUAUUGAUGUGAUUGACCAGUACUGUUUUCAUGAUGGGUGGGGGAAGCAUGUUCAAUUAUUAAGUCUGAAAAUUUUUCUAUGUUUGCAUUUCUCUAGUGAUGCUUUUUCAUGGUUUGUAUUGAAGUUUUUGUAUUGUAAGUAGAAAACUGUGCCAUUAUGAAAGACACAGAUAUUUAUGUGGGUUAUUUUGCUCAGUUUUAGUGGCCAUUUAGAAUUAAUUUUUAGGUUGCAUAAGUUGAUUUUUAGUACUCUGCCAUCCCCCCCUCUCCUCUAUCUGUCUUUGUAGGUUCUUCCCUUCCUGUGGAAUUGCUGUGGAAUGCUUCAUUAGAAACAACUAGCAUUCAUAUUCUGAUUUGAACAUGGUUAAAUUUGGUUAAAGCUAAGAAAUGCAUAUAGCAAGAAGUAUUAAGUUGGCAGUAGGCAGAAAACUGUUCAUUAAAAGCUAUCAUACUAUUACCUCAUUCAGUAAUGUUGUGGCAGCAUUUCUAACAAUCUAUUAGAUCAUUUUUGUUUUUAGUUGAUCAGAAUACUGUGUUACAUAUUGGAAGAAAGCUGUAACUAGGUUAAGUAUCAUGAAACUGGCUUGAUACACUUUCUUUGGCACUUCCCACAAUUAGAUGUGCAGAUCUAGGUAGGUUUUAAGAGAAUUUUAUAUGAUUUGCUUAAAUAAUGAUGUCAAGGAUUUCCAAAUGUAGCUUAAGCACUGUGGACAAAAGACAUAGAUACAGUGAAGGCUUUUUACAGGUUUUCAAAAUUACAAGAGAAUCACCAAGGAGCAAUUCUUGACUGUGUACACGUAAGACCCGUUUUGGUCAUGCACACAUGCAGUUUGUUUUUAUUGCCAGUUUUAUUUUGAAAGUUUAAAACUUGUAGUUUAAAUGUUUGUUUUAAUUAAUAUUAGUUCUAUUUUGGAGUAUACUGUUAUGCAGCAUUUAACAGUUGCUGGGUUGCUUUUUCUUUUAAAGAGAAAUAAAUGUGUAAUGUCCAGGAAGACAGCUACACGUUUCAGUUGCACUUCAGGUAGAUAGAGUGCUUCCUUUUUGAUUUCCAAGGUGGGAGUGUUUAAGUUCUGAUCAUGGAAAGAGUACAAAUGUGAUUUUAGUUUCUCGUUAUCAAAAGAAGAGAAUUUGUGAUUUUGUUUUUAUGGUGUCCAGGAAGACAAGAACCAUGUUCUGUUUUAUUUAGUUGUCCAGGAAGGCAAAAUAAAUUUUUUUUCACCAAGUGAAAAUCUGUCCAGGUAGACAGUCUCUGUUAAAAUCUUUCAGUUUAGAUUGUUGUUUCAUCUCCAGAAUGGAGUGAUGUUGAAAAUGUUUUACAUGCACAUUAUCAGUUGGCCAUUCUGAACAUUUGAAAUAGGAAUGGAGAAACAUUUUAUGCAAAGAAAAUCAAUAAGGUAAGGCCCUAUAGUGAAAAGAUUUUCACCUAGAUGUUGUUUUAACAGCUAGAGACAGUAAUUAAAAUAGGAUUGCUAUAGAGUUCAUUCUCCUUAAAUAUCUUAUUCCACCCUAGACUUUUGCAGGACCUCGGUACUGUAGAAACCAUGUCUUAAAGGUCAUUUUAAAAGUCAGUACAUGAUGCAUGCAUCGUGGCUCUUUAUUUUGUUCUUACAAGCAUAGAAGUGUAAUUCAUGGCCACAUGCUUGACAUUUACAGUGUUUAAAAUAUAGUUUUAAUGUUCGUUAGACUUGGAUGGUGAAGAAAAGGGUUGGGAAGAGAUGUUAGGUGCAAUUUAUGUAGCAAAAAGAACUGUUAAGUUUAAUAUCAUUCAGGAUAUACACAUAUUUGGGAACAAAAAUUUAAAGCAGCUUAAUCUGGUAAUGUUUGGUGCGGCAGUUUGCUUUAAGCUUUUGUGAGUGAGUUAUUAACUUCCUGAUGGCAUACUUCAAAUAAAGAGUUGGUUUAUUUGUGCUCGCCAUAAAGAUCUGUAAGGAAUUUGUAUUUGCAAAACUGUUGCAAAAGUUCAACAAAGUAGCAGCCUAGCAGAUACUGAUUUAAAUUAUUUUUGAUGUAGAGGUAUCUUGAGAAAGGCUUCAGGCCUUGGAGUUCCAUUAUAAUAUUUGAACCUUGCAACACCAGAGAAUGCCCAUAAAUUUUAAGGAACAAUAUGAAAUGGAUGUUUUCAGGAAGAGCAUCAGCUUUUUAGAUCAUUGCUGGUGUGAAUUUUUAGCUGGCGGUAAAGGGGUCAUGGAAGGAGUAGAUACAACAAGAGAUACAUCACUUGUUAGCAACAUUUUUCAAGACCACAUUUAAGCUAAACACAGUUAAUAUUAUCUUCCUUCCCCUGUAAGAUAAGACAAGAAUUAUUUAUCACAAGCAUCUCUUAAGAAACAUCUUUUCCUCUCCAUCAGCCAUAGUAAUUAAAGCAUGUAUAUUUUAUGUUUUUAGUUUUGAUAGUUUAAAUUGCCAGUAAAGACUUGUAGGAAUUGACUUGCAGGUUCUGUAAGGACUGCACAGUAGUCAUAAUAACAGCACAUAAACUGGCACUUAACAUUUGCAAAUUAUCCAUAAUAAUACCGUAACAAAGAAUGAAGAUUAGGAAGACCUGGGAACUAAGUUCCGCUAUAUGGUUUAUUACUGUCCCACCAGAUAUUUUUUUGACAGGGCUGGUCAGUAUGAUCCCACCAGACAGAAUAACUAUGACAGAAUGGUAUCUCCUGUUACUUGCUAGGUAACUGGCUUUGAUGAAAGAUUUUUGACUAUUAUGUUGAAGACAGUUAUUGUCAUAGAUUACCCUUUAUUUUUUUUUUUUUGGCUUCAUAAACAUUUUCACAUCAUAGGGAGUAAUUUUGUUACGGUGCUUGACAGUUGACAGUUUGUUCAAGUUGAAGUGUUAGGUGUUGGACACAUGAUUUUAAGUGACUGUUAAAGUUUACUGUUCUCUUGAAAUUUCAAAAGUUGCCAUUAUUAGCUUUAACAAAAUCAUAUCACUGACAUUUACGCUUUGCAUUUCUUUUCAACUACCCUAUUAACCAGACUGUAAAGAGAAUUAAUAAGACUGUGUUCAACAGUUAUAUUUGCAGUAGAUCACUGCAUAAAUGAUAGUUACUUUUGCUUAUUUAACAAUGAACAAGAUGGAUUGUAAGGGAACAGCUAUUUCAGCACUGAUAUCUAAGCUAAAAUGAAAGUUUAAGACCAGGGUUAUGAAAUAUGUUGUUAAUAAAACAUUGAGAAAUAAAUAUCAAUUUUAAGUAGUCUUUAUUUUAUCAGGACUAUUCUGUUUCAUCAGUAGCAAGGACUUGCAGACAUGUGUUCUUUAAACAGGAAAAUCAUAAAUAUUCAAAUUCCAAAGACUUUAUUCUACUAAUAGCUUUGGGUAAACUGAAACCACUGUAUAACUCAGUAGACAAUGUUCUCAUUAGAUCUGUUUAUCUUUGGUCUUUUCCUAUUCUUCCUGGCAUGUCCAUCUUAAACUUUUGUCAGUAAAAAUCCAGACAAAAUGCAUAUCAAUAGAAAAAGCCUUAUUCUGCAGGGUAGUUGUGAAAUGUUUUAAUACACUAAUCAUGCACAAUCAAACUGUGUUGAAAUGUAGAGUGGAUAGAACUCCUUCUCAGUGGUUGUGAGAAUGACAUCCUCCAAGCUUAUUGAAAUAGUUUGAUUUUUUUUUCCCCAGUGGUACUGUUUUUCUGCUGUUGCAUAAGUCUGCCAAUAUGUCAAACAUUUUGUGGGAAAUUAAAAUUCUUGAAAAUAAAUAUUUCAGGUCGGUGA